GCGUUAAGAUUUAACGCUUCUUUCCGAUUCUUCGCUUCGUAGACCCAAGCUUCUGUUGUUCAUUUUUUAAGGCGGUUUGGGUUGAUUAAAGUGAAAUAAGCAGUACUACGAUCGUCGAUUCUACACUCCGAUAUUGAAUAGUCAUGAGCGACCGCACUUCAGACAGCGGGGCGAGAGUUUAUGUUGGAGGCCUGGAUAACAACAUCAAAAAAGAAGAUCUUGAAACGGAAUUUGAAAAAUAUGGAAAACUCAAUAAUGUUUGGGUAGCAUUCAAUCCUCCAGGUUUUGCGUUUAUCGAGUUUAAUAAUGUUGCGGACGCCGAAAACGCCGUUGACAAUCUCAAUGGGAUUGACCUUCUGGGUUCAAAACUAAGAGUAGAAUUGGCGAGGGGUAAAUCUAGAAGAGGAGGUUUUAGAGGGGGUAGAGGCAGAGGUGGGGCUCCGUAUGGUGAUUAUAGAGAGGAUAGGGGCUUCCGAGGAGGACCUGGUGGUGGUGGACGAUUUGAAGGAGGUGGUGGUGGAUUUGGUGGAGUUCGACGAGAAGAUGGAGGAGGCCGUUUUGGUGGGAGAGACUUUGAAAGGAGGAGCGAUGGUUUUCAAAACAGAGGUGCAGGCCGAGGUGGACCACCUAGAAGAUUUGAUGCAGACAAAUCAUACCGUUCAAGGUCACCAAUGGGUGGAAUCCCAAGGCGUUAAGAUUUUUAGGCUAAGAGUGAAUUAAUCGCUUUCUAUGAAAAGCAGGUAUUCUACCUUUAAGUUUGCAUAUAUGUAACUUCAUUUUGUGCAGUUUGAUAAAUGGCACAUUGUAAUACCUUUAUGAUGUUAAAGAUCUUUUUUCAGUAUGGUUAUAGUGAUGUUAUUUAUUAACAGGACACUAAAAUAAGUCAAAUAACCUGUUUAUUUUUUAAUUAUUUCAACUUUUCUGAUUUCUUUAUUAUAAUUUACAUUGAAAAAAUAAACGUUUAUUAAAAGUAGAAUAGCAUCUACAGGGAUACAACUCUGCAGUAAGGAAUUCUUGAUGAUCGUUUUGUUGGACAAAUGUGAAUGUAAAAAUCAAAUGGGGAAACCACCCAAAUGCGCGUAGUUGCACUUUCACUAGGUGUCUAGCUAAAUUUUAACUGUGAAUCUGCUCGGGUCAUCGUAAGAAUGGGUAUGAACCAAUUAGUUACUUCAAACCUGACUUGGGUUCAAC